GUGAACAUCAUGAAGCCAGAGCACAUAAGAAUGGUAUUUACAAAAACAAAUGAAAUUGGAAGAUUAUAUUUAAAUCCUCUUGCCAAGUUGCUAGCACCUGGAAUUGCAAACCAUGAGGGUGACAAAUGGGUUAAGCAUCGAAAGAUUAUUAAUCCAGCAUUUCAUCAACAGAAGCUUAAGAGCAGCAUUUGGGAGCAAUUAUGAUGAAGGCAAAUUAAUAUUUGAUCUCCUCAAAGAGUUAUCCUCUCUCGUUAUUCAAGCUUUGUCUUCUGUUAAUAUUAAUAUAUCAAGUUGGAGAUUCAUACCAACAAAGAAAAACAGAAGAAUACAAGAAAUAGACAGAAAAAUAGAAGUUGCUCUUAGAAGCAUUAUAAACAAACGUGAAAGGGCAGUGAAAGGAGGCGAUGAAGGGAGCAAUGAUUUAUUAGGAUUGCUUAUUGAAUCCAAUUUAAGAGAAAAAAAUGAAGGAGGAGUGGGACUUACUAAUCAAGAAGUGACGGAUGAGUGUAGACUUUUUUACUUUGCUGGCCAAGAAAGUACUUCUGUUUUGCUUGUUUGGACUCUCAUUUUCUUGAGCAAAUUUCCACAUUGGCAAUCACUUGCUAGAGAUGAGAUUUUCAAUGUCUUUGCUGAUAAAAAGCCGGAUUUUGAUGGUUUGAACCGCCUUAAAGUUGUAACUAUGAUCCUAUAUGAGGUUCUUAGGCUAUACCCACCGGUAAUUGUGCUCAAUAAAGUUGUUAAUGAAGAAAUAAGACUCGGAAAUGUGACAUUACCGGCUGGAGUUCAAGUCUCGCUGCCGAUGGUCCUUAUACAUCGAGAUCCCGAGAUAUGGGGAGACGAUGCAUCCGAAUUCAAACCAGAGAGAUUUUCCGACGGAAUUUCAACGGUAACAAACAAUCAAGUAGCAUUCUUCCCUUUUGGUUAUGGCCCUAGAGUAUGCAUUGGCCAGAACUUUGCUCUAACAGAAGCAAAAAUGGCUUUGGCAAUAAUUCUACAAAAUUUCUCCUUUGGCCUUGCACCAUCCUAUGUCCAUGCUCCUUGCACCGUUGCAACUCUUCAACCACAAUAUGGCGCUCUCUUAAUCUUACAAAAACUUGACACAUAAAAUUAUAGUUAUGUUUAUUGACGGAUUUCGGAAUAUUGAACUCUUUAGGUCGCUUAAGUUCUGUUUAAUUUUAAUUUAAUUAGUAAACCUUAAUUUAUUUCUAUUUUUUCGGUGAA